GCUAUCAACUUUUCACCGUAAAAAAAUUCCGAUCUGUUUGAUCAAAUCGAAAAUUUUCUUUCUUAGUUUCCUUCGAGAUUUGCUGUUAAGUAGCAUAAGAAAUGGGUCUUCUUAGUAUCAUUCGAAAGAUCAAGAGAAAAGAGAAAGAAAUGCGAAUUCUAAUGGUUGGGCUUGAUAAUUCAGGGAAAACGACAAUUGUUUUGAAGAUUAAUGGAGAAGACACAAGUAUCAUCAGCCCCACUCUUGGUUUCAACAUCAAAACAAUCAGCUACCAAAAAUAUACUCUGAAUAUAUGGGAUGUAGGGGGUCAAAGAACUAUAAGAUCAUAUUGGAGGAACUAUUUUGAACAAACUGAUGGUUUGGUGUGGGUUGUUGAUAGCUCAGAUCUUAGAAGAUUAGAUGAUUGCAAAAUGGAACUUGAUAAUCUUCUAAAGGAAGAGAGAUUAUCAGGAGCAUCCUUGUUGAUACUUGCUAACAAACAGGACAUUAAAGGUGCUCUUACACCAGCUGAAAUUGCUAAGGUGCUGAACUUGGAAGCAAUGGAUAAAUCAAGGCAUUGGAAAAUUGUAGGAUGUAGUGCAUACACUGGUGAAGGGCUUCUUGAGGGAUUUGAUUGGUUGGUUCAAGAUGUGGCCUCUAGAAUCUACAUGCUUGAUUAGCCUUAAUCUCAUUGAUGUAAAACUGCUAUUAAUGCUUUCAUUUGGGACCUUUGACUUGGGGUCAAGGAAUUGGGUUUUAAAAUCCAAAUACCUUUGUUUAUGUGACUGGUAAAAUCCUUUCAAUUUGAACAGGUUCUCUUA